AUGUUGUUUGGCAUGUUAUCCAUGGGGUCAAGCUUCUGUUUCCUCUACAUUAACAGUGUUUUGCUGUUUACCUUAAGGAGUAAGCAGGUGUUUUGUGAGACAUCCUGUUACAUCUUGUUGUACAACUUACUCUUUGCAGACACUGCUCACCUGUUAUCAAACCUGCUGCUUUACUUACUGGCGUCUUUGCGUAUAAGAAUCACAUAUUAUGCAUGUGGUGCCCUUGUUCUGUUCUCAGUUUUCACAGCUACAAUCUCCCCUCUCACCCUGGCUGUGAUGUCACUUGAGAGAUAUGUGGCUGUAUGCUAUCCACUGAGGCAUGCAACCAUCUUCACCAUGAGAAGCACAGGCAUGGCCAUUGCUCUAGUGUGGGCCUUCAGUUUUAUUCAUAUCCUCAUUCGAUUGUUUAUGCUGUUAUAUGUGUUCACAAAAAUCUACCUAAAUCUGCAUAUAAAUGAUUUUUGCUCUAAAGAAGCCAUUUUUUUUGCACCAAUCUUUGAUGAUUUUGAAGAUGCGUAUGCUAACACUGUCUUUAUAUCAGUGGGUGUAGCAAUUAUUGCCUCCUACACUGGUGUUGCACUUGUUGUAAGGUCUGCCUCAACGGACAAAGCCUCAGCCAGAAAGGCUCUUCACACGCUUCUGCUUCACCUGAUUCAGCUAAGCCUGAUUCUCAUCUCCACCUUGUUCUCCAUCAUCAUUGUAGACAUUGCUAGAACAGUCGGGAGAUUAUCCCUAAUGCGGGUUUACAAUGUAUGCUUUGUGUGCUUGAGUAUCCUUCCAAGGUGUCUGAGUGCUCUCAUCUAUGGACUCAGGGAUCAAACUAUCAGACCAGUCCUCAUGCAAAAUCUGUGCUGUGGAUGGAGAUGCUCAGUUUUUCUCAAUAAGAGCCAGUGA